GGCGGCGCGGGGCGGCCGGCAUGGAGCUCCCGGAGGCGCGGCAGGGUCAGGAGCUCGGUGGCACGGCGGCGGUGGCUGCCCCGAUUUCCUCCAGCUGCCACUCCUUGCUUCGUGUCCCCAGUCCCUAGACGCCUCGUCCCCUCCCGUGCCCCUCUUCCCAUGGAGUCAGUACGGACCGAACAGAUGCUGAGCUUGCCCGCCGAGGUCAGCAGCGACAACUUGGAGCCGGCGGAGCGAGGGGCAUCAGCGGCCCAAGUAGACAUGGGACCCCACCCAAAGGUGGCUGCAGAGGGCCCCGCACCUCUACCGACGCGGGAGCCAGAGCAAGAGCAGUCUCCGGGGACCUCAACGCCGGAGAGCAAAGUCCUGCUCACGCAGGCAGACGCCUUGGCGUCCCGGGGGCGAAUCCGGGAAGCCCUCGAGGUGUAUAGACAGCUCUCCGAGCGGCAGCAGCUGGUGGCUGAGCAGCUGGAGCAGCUGGUGCGCUGCCUGGCGGAGAAAGUCCCGCAAGGCGAGGCGCUGGCGCCAGCGCCCCCGGACGAGGGUAGCACUGCAAGCGGCACCGUGGCGGCGGAAGAGACGGGGGCCGCCGCGGCUGCGGCGGCCACCGAGGUGUGGGACGGCUUUAAGUGCCGGAAAUGUCAUGGGUUUCUAUCAGACCCCGUGUCCUUGUCGUGUGGCCACACCUUUUGUAAACUGUGCCUGGAACGUGGGCGGGCCGCCGACCGGCGCUGUGCUCUGUGCGGGGUCAAGCUCUCCGCGUUGAUGGUGGCCACUGGGCGGGCGCGUGGAGCCCGGCGGGCUGGGCAGCAGCCGCCGCCACCGCUGCGAGUCAACGUGGUGCUCAGCGGCCUCCUUGGCAAGUUGUUCCCAGGCCCGGCGCGGGCGUCGCAACUCCGGCACGAGGGCAACCGGCUGUACCGGGAGCGCCAGGUGGAGGCGGCACUGCUCAAGUACAACGAGGCAGUUAAGUUGGCUCCGAAUGACCACUUGCUUUAUAGCAAUCGGUCUCAGAUUUAUUUCACCUUGGAGUCUCAUGAGAACGCACUGCAUGAUGCAGAAAUAGCAUGUAAGCUCCGCCCGAUGGGUUUUAAGGCACAUUUCAGAAAAGCCCAAGCCUUAGCCACCCUAGGCAAGGUGGAGGAGGCACUAAGGGAGUUUCUCUACUGUGUAUCCCUUGAUGGAAAGAACAAGAGAGCAAGAUGUGAAGCCCAAAGACUUCUCCUUAGUUUCUUUUCACCAUCAGUCCCGGGGGAUUCUCAGGAACAUUCUCCCGAUAUCCUGAAGCUGUUGGCACCUCACCCUAGAUUAAAGGAAAACGUAGAGUCAAUGACUACUGAAGUUACCAGCCAUAAUCUGCCAAGGUUGUUACAGGACAAUCUGGAGCUCCCACAUUGUUCUAGUCAGGAGGAAGCAGCAGCCAGGGGAGAUGGCAGCAGUCUGAUGGACCCAGCUAAAGUGAAGGCGGAUGGUCAGCAGCACCACAUGAAAGACCAGGAAGAAGAGGAGGAGAAGCGGGAUGCUACCUCUCCAAAAGCUGCUUCCAGCAAGACUGGAAAAUGCCAGGAAAAGAAAAGGAAACAUUGCCAGAUUGAAUCCCAAGAAGAAACAGGGAUGCCUAAUAAAGCCUCCAAGCAAGAUCCUCCCACUGAUCAGGGGGACAAACCUGCUCUCAGUUUACCACUUGCAUCUUUCGACGCAUCUGACCUUGAAUGCGCUCUAUGUAUGAGAUUAUUCUAUGAGCCAGUCACAACACCUUGCGGGCAUACUUUUUGCUUAAAAUGCCUAGAAAGAUGCCUAGAUCACAACGCAAAGUGUCCAUUGUGCAAAGACGGUCUUUCACAGUGCUUGGUAUCAAGAAAAUACAGCAAAAAUGUAAUAAUGGAGGAGCUCAUAGCUAAAUUCCUUCCAGAAGAACUGAAGGAACGAAGGAAGCUUUAUGAAGAGGAAAUGGAAGAACUUUCUAACCUUAAUAAGAAUGUGCCUAUUUUCGUGUGUACUAUGGCCUAUCCCACCGUUCCUUGUCCCCUGCACAUCUUUGAGCCUUGUUACCGCCUGAUGAUUCGUAGAUGCAUUGAGACAGGCACGAGACAGUUUGGCAUGUGCCUUGGAGAUCCUGUCAAAGGGUUUGCAGAAUAUGGCUGCAUCCUAGAGAUCAGAAAUGUUCAAUUCUUUGCCGAUGGCCGCUCGGUGGUUGACAGCAUAGGCAAGAGGCGCUUCAGGGUGCUCCAUCAGAGCCAGCGGGAUGGCUACAACACAGCCGACAUUGAAUACAUUGAAGACCAAAAGGUUCAGGGAGAGGAUUGUGCUGAGCUCAUGGGAUUACAUAACUCUGUCUAUCAGCAAUCGUCAUUGUGGUUUCAUUCGCUCAAAUCAUCCCUGAAGAAUCGGAUACUCAAUCACUUUGGUCCCAUGCCAGAGAAAGACGCUGAUCCUCAGAUGAACCCGAAUGGCCCAGCCUGGUGCUGGUGGAUGUUAGCGGUUCUUCCCUUGGAAAGCCGAGCUCAGCUCCCCUUCCUAGCAAUGAGGUCCUUAAAGGACAGACUGAAUGGUAUUCGACGAGUCCUGGCCUUCAUAUCCCGAAACCAAAACUAGUGAGUGGAUUGUCGAAGAGGAGCUCCCACCUUCACCACUGCCGUCGGGGGGAGUCUUCUUGUAAAUAUAUCUAAUUGCAAUAAUAUCUUAACAGAAGGGGGUGUCAAACAGAGGCAUCAGCCUGCUGUUGAUCACAGAGAAAAAUUGAGUAGAAAGACCAAAAGAAUGUGACCUAUUUGAAACUUUCUGUCUUAAGAUGCUUCUUGACAUGCUGCAUAACUACAUAAACAGCAGAGGUGUUUAAGAGCCCAGAAAAAACAUAAUUUGAUUUUAACAUUAAAAUUUCCAAAAGUUUAAAGUGGUUUUGCUUUAAUAUUCCUUCUUUCAUAGAUCAGUGACUGUGUGGUUGAAAUGUGAAAACAAAGAUACUAAUAAUGUUGCUGUAUAAUUUCACUGACUUGAGGUCUCAUUCCAAAUGGUUCAGGUUUUAUAGAGCAUUGUGUAAAAUAAUGUUCAUACUUCUUUCUGUUUUAAUAAUUUAUUUUUUGCACUACUGUAUCCUUUUUUCUAAAUGUAUGUUUGUAACUAUUUAAGCGUACAUUGCUGAAAA